AUGCUAGGCAUGAUGAUCAUGAAGAAUACUGCCAUACGAAAUGCAAAAGUUCAUUGUUUAAAAAAAACAUACUUUUCCUCAUCCCAAUUGAGCCGUGAUUAUUGGUCUUUCACCAUGGAGUCUACCAAAAGAAGGGGUAAACCGCCAAACCCAAGGGCGAGUGCAAACCCACUCUCAGCAUUAACGUUUGCGUGGACAUUGCCAAUAUUUUGGGGUGGUUUAAAAAAAGAAAUGGAGGAGCACGACUUAUAUGAACCAUUAGAUGAACAUGCAUCAAGCCCUUUGGGUGACAAGUUUGCUCGUCUGUGGGAGGAAGAGGUUGCACGUGCGGGAGCUAAACGUACUCCAAGUCUGCUCCGUGUCAUAUUAAAAGCAUAUGCUGCACGCUGCAUGCUUUAUGGUUUUGUGCUUUUAGUAAUGGAAUGCGGAAUACGAAUAGCCCAGCCGGUGUUCUUAGGCAAACUGAUAGAAUACUAUGGCCCGGAAAAGACCACCAUGAAGCCUAAGGACGCCUACUUGUACGCCGGGGCCGUGAUCCUGUGCUCAGCGCUCAACGUGUUUGUGGUGCACCCAUACAUGAUGGCUAUCUUACACAUGGGGAUGAAGUUCAGAGUCGCCUGCUGUUCUCUCAUAUACAGAAAGUCGUUGAGGCUGUCCAAGACGGCCCUGGGCGAGACGACGGUGGGCCAAGUGGUGAAUCUGCUGUCGAACGACGUGAACCGCUUCGAUGUGGCGAUCAUCUUCCUCCACUACCUGUGGAUCGGGCCGCUGGCCACCGUCAUAAUCGCCUACUUCAUGUGGCUCGAGAUCAGCUGGGCGGCCGUAGUCGGCGUCGGUUUCAUGCUCGCCUUCAUACCAUUGCAAGCUUACUUCGGCAAGCGGACGUCGGAGCUGCGGCUGAAGACGGCCCUGCGGACGGACGAGCGCGUCCGCCUCAUGAACGAGAUCCUGUCCGGCAUCCAGGUCAUCAAGAUGUACACGUGGGAGAAACCGUUCGCGGACCUCGUGGCGAAGGCCAGGAAGCAGGAGAUAAAGCAGAUCCGUGCGACGUCGUACAUACGGGGUGUUCUAACCUCGUUCAUAAUGUUCACGACCCGCAUAUGCCUCUUCUUCUCAAUCCUUGCGUACGUGUUGGGCCAGAACAACAUCAUCACCGCCAAGCAGGUGUUCGUCGUCACCAGCUUCUACAACAUCUUGCGGCAGACCAUGACGGUCUUCUUCCCUCAGGGUAUUGCCCAAAUAGCUGAAGCGACGAUAUCUAUUAAACGCCUCCAGAACUUCAUGCUCUACGAAGACACAUGCAAACCCGUGCCCGGUUUAGCCGAAAUACAGACGGCCGUCAAAAAGAAAGCAAAAGAAGGCAAAGAAGAUAUGGAGGGAAGGGAAUCCGUUGUAUCUAAUAAAGGCGAAAUGGAAGUUAAAGACGAGAAGAAACCAGUUCCUGAGGUUCCUGAGAAAGAGAAGUUGGACGAGGCUAAAGGCAACGGAAACGCCACCAUCGCCCCUCUGGAGUCCGGCGAAGAGGAUGACGAGGAGUUGGCGAUGAGGGUAGAAGAAGACGCGCGUGGAGUUAGGCUGAAGCACGCCACAGCCAAGUGGAUCGUCUCAAACGCCGAGAACACACUCACCGAUAUGUCGCUCACCAUCAAGCCCGGCAAAUUGAUAGCGGUGAUAGGCCCCGUGGGUGCGGGGAAAUCGUCCCUUUUGCACGUGCUGCUGAGGGAGCUGCCGUUGCAGUCUGGCAGCGUGCACGUGGGCGGCACGGUGUCCUACGCCAGUCAGGAGCCGUGGCUUUUCGCCGGUAGCGUCCGACAGAACAUUCUAUUUGGGCAGCCCAUGGAUCGACCCAGGUACAACACAGUUGUCAGACGCUGCGCCCUGGACAGAGACUUCACUCUGUUCCCUCACGGCGACAAGACUGUUGUUGGCGAGAGAGGCGUCAGCCUCAGUGGGGGGCAACGGGCGCGCAUCUCGCUCGCGCGCGCCGUCUACAAGCGCGCCGACAUCUACCUACUUGACGACCCGCUGUCGGCGGUGGACGCCCACGUGGGCCGCCACCUGUUCGAGUCGUGCGUGGUCGGCUACUUGCGCAACACCACACGCAUCCUGGUCACGCACCAGCUGCAGUUCCUCAGGGACGUCGAUCAGAUAAUAAUUUUGAAGAACGGCUCCAUAGCGGCGGCCGGUGAUUUCGACACGUUGAGCGCUUCCGGCCUGGACUUCGCGUCUCUGCUGGCGAAGGGCGAGCCGGAGGAGGAGCGGCCGAAGCCGGCACAGGACACGUCGGCCAACGACCUGGAGGACUCCAUGCUGCAGGGCAGCUUUCGGAAACGGCAAAUGAGUAUACACUCUGUGAGCUCGGUGGACAACCUGACUGGCGCCGCGCCGCCGGAGGGGGGGCGCGAGGAGGCGGAGCUGCGUUCCGCCGGCGCUGUCUCCGGCGCCGUGUACGGGGCGUACCUGCGCGCCAGCGGGCACCCGCUGCUGGUGGCGCUCAUGCUGGCUGUCACCACGCUAGCGCAGCUGCUCGGCUCCGGCUCCGACUGGUGGACCAGCUACUGGGUUAAUUUAGAAGAGGCGUUGCCAUCGUCGUUUGUUAGUGCGCUGGACGCAGACAACUCGACGGAUGCAACGAAACUAACGGAGAACAUGACUAGCCCAUUCGUGGAGAACGCCCAGUUUAUCACUUCCGAUCUUUCGCGCUACGACUGCAUAUACAUUUAUACUGCGAUGGUGGUGGCGCUGGUGGCGGUGUCGCUGCUGCGCUCGUUCAUGUUCUUCUCGAUGGCGAUGAGCGCGUCCACCCGCCUCCACAACAACAUGUUCGCGUCCAUAACGAGGGCGCCGAUGCGCUUCUUCCACACCAACCCAUCGGGCAGGAUCCUGAACCGCUUCUCCAAGGACAUGGGCGCGGUGGACGAGGUGCUGCCGUCCGCUUUACUCGACGUACUGCAGAUCGGCCUAUCGCUGAUCGGUAUUGUGGUGGUGGUGGCGAUUGUGAACUGGUGGCUGCUGGUGCCGACCCUGGCCAUCGGCGUGAUAUUCUACGGCCUGCGUAUAGUCUACCUGGCGUCGUCGCGGAGCAUCAAACGCCUCGAGGGUGUGACCCGCAGUCCAGUGUUCUCCCACCUGAACGCGUCUUUGCAAGGCAUCACGACGAUACGUGCAUUUGGCGCCCAGGAAGCUCUCAUCAGGGAGUUCGAUCAUCAUCAGGACCUCCAUAGUUCAGCUUGGUAUUUGUUCAUCGCGAGUUCACGUGCCUUCGGUUUCUGGCUGGACCUGGUGUGCGUAGUCUACAUUGCUAUCGUUACGCUGAGUUUUCUCGUUUUCGAUCAAAACGAGUACGGGGGCAAUGUGGGCCUGGCGAUCACACAGGCGAUGGGCCUUACGGGAAUGUUCCAGUGGGGCAUGCGCCAGUCAACCGAGCUUGAGAACCAGAUGACCAGCGUUGAACGCAUCCAAGAGUACUCCAAGAUAGAGUCGGAGCCGCCGCUGGAGUCGGAGCCGAGCAAGAAGCCGCCGCCAUCUUGGCCGGAGGCGGGGCGCCUCGAGUUUCGCCGCGUAUGCCUUUACUACGCGCCCGGCGAGCCGCCCGUGCUGCGCGAGCUGUCCUUCCUCGUGCUGCCCAGGGAGAAGGUGGGCAUAGUGGGCCGCACCGGCGCCGGCAAGUCCUCGCUCAUCAACGCCCUCUUCCGACUGGCGAAGAUCGAGGGCGAGAUCAUAAUCGACGGCCGCGAGACCUCCACGCUGGGCCUCCACGAGCUGCGCAGCCAGAUCUCGAUCAUCCCGCAGGAGCCGGUGCUCUUCUCGGGCACGAUGCGCCACAACCUGGACCCCUUCGACGAGUACCCCGACCAAGUGCUGUGGCGCGCGCUCGAAGAGGUGGAGCUGAAGGACGCGGUGAUGGAGCUGGCGGCGGGGCUGAACUCGCGCAUGUCGGAGGGCGGCAGCAACUUCUCGGUGGGGCAGCGGCAGCUGGUCUGCCUGGCGCGCGCCAUCGUGCGCCGCAGCCGCCUCCUCGUGCUCGACGAGGCCACCGCCAACGUCGACCCGCAAACUGAUACGUUAAUCCAGACUACUAUAAGAAACAAAUUCGCUGAAUGCACCGUCCUCACAAUCGCGCAUCGGUUACACACUGUUAUGGAUUCUGAUAAAGUGCUAGUGAUGGACGCGGGCCAACUGGUGGAGUUCGAGCACCCUCACGUGCUGCUGCAGAAGAGCGACGGCGUGCUGAGGGCCAUGGUCGACCAGACGGGGCGCGCCAUGGCGGAGACACUGGCCAGGGUCGCCCAACAGGCGUACGAGCAAAAGCAUCAGCAACAGACGGAAACAACAGAG